UCUCCUUUCUUUCUCUUUCUAGUGUCUUUUGUCACUCUUACAUAUAUUUUUUUUCUCCCCCCACUGUACACGCUUUGUACCGUCUCAAUACGUAAUUAGUCGGUUACCGGGUUUGAAUCUAGAAAUUUGACAAACAGCGCGGGGAAAAGUUAAAAUGUCAGCUGUCUGUUUUGCUAGUGACGGACGCACCUCUACCCAAGGUCUCAGUGUGCUGUGUGGGUUUCCGAGUGUGCAAAUGUGUGCGCAUGUCGGACAAAGUGCGUUCGUGCCUGUGUUGCGCCUGCACGCACGCACACACACACACCCAGAUUUUUGUCCGCGGAACCGCUGAUUGGGUUCCACAGUCGAGAGUUUGGGCGUGCGCAGACAAGAGAAGGACGCGCGAAGUGCAGCAAGUGCCUUGAGACGCAAGAGGCCCGACUUACGGGUUUCUCGAGAUGCGAGCCGUCGGGCGGGCGAUUUUUGCGGCGCCGGUGGACUCGUUUCAACGCGCUUCACGAGAGGCAGCAGUUUGGCAGAUGGGGAACACGAAACAUAAAACAAAAAAUAAUUUGACCGUUGUGUAUUUUUAAUUAAGAGAACGUCGCUUUGCCUUAUAGAGGGUGCGCUUAGCUUUAAUGCUAACAAAUACAAUAAAAUGCUGUCAACAUGCUAACUGUUAGCAUCAGUCGUUGCAGUUGUGGAGCACCACCUUUAGCAAAGCAAAUUUAUUUGCAUAGCGCAUUUCAUACACGAGGGAACUCAAUGUGCUUUGGGUGAUUAAAGACAUUUGAUAUCAAAGAGAUAAAACAUUUAAAACGGGAUAAAAACGAUGAAAAUGACAUGAAAAGACAGUUAAAACCGCAUACAGUGCAAGUAAUAUGAAAAGAAAGUGGAUAUAUUCUAAAAAACAUGAGGAAAAAAAAAAUGGAUUUAAAAACAUUCGCACUUGGGGCUGACCUCAGCGUUAUUAUUAUUAUUAUUAUUAUUCCGUUUGUGUACAGCAUAAUAGCUAAAUGCUGCUUCACCAUGUUUGCAUUGGACUCUGCCCUCCACUAUUUGACCCGGCCGGGCCAGUCGAUCUCAGAGCUCGACUGGGUUUUGUAUUCCGUAAGCAUUUCUUUCAUGUAUUCAGGACCUAAAUCAUUUAGUGAUUUGUAGACCAGUAGCAGAACUUUAAAAUCUAUUCUAAAGUGGACUGGAAGCCAGUGCGAGGACUUUAGGAUUGGAGUUAUAUGCUCUGACCGCUUUGCUUUGGUCAGAACCCGAGCUGCAGCUGUUGAACAUUUUUUUUUUUGGGGAGUCCAGUCAGAAGACCAUUCCAAUAGUCAAGUCUAAUUGAGAUAAAACCAUGGAUGAGGUUCUCCUGGUCCGCUUGACACGUACAAGACUGCACUCUAGAUAGGUUUUUGUGAUUGAUUCAAUCAGAACACCGAGAUUUCGGACUGUCUUUGGUUUCUAAAGAUAGAGAGUCCAAGUGUUUCCAAACAGCAAUUCUCUUUUCUUUAAUGCCAAAAACAAUUGUCUCAGUUUUGUUGUGAUUUACUUGAAGAAAAUUUUGGCUCAUCCAGUUAUUUAUCUGCUUGAGACAGAGGCACUUUCGACAGAUAUUCUCACAAUGCUCACAGACAUAUUUGUGUAUUAUCCCCAAUGACAAAUCACUAUUACGGAAACUUACUGAGUCAUGUACUGUAGAAGUAGAACAAAUACAAGUCUUCUUCGCCUGGAUCGACUUGACUAUGAUACUGCGUCCGCGUGGCCAAGGCGCACACACCAGAAGGAGCGGCGCAACGAAUCGGAUUGCGGUAUUGAAUCACGAUCAUUUGUCAUUCCCUAUGAUUUCCUCAACGCAAACAUUUUAUUAUUAUUUUAGCUCAUUUCAAAUUGGGGGAGGGGAGGGAAAUGAUUUCAGAUAAGAGUGUUUCAAGUCACGAGCGCGGUCACAAAAUGCAUUAAACUCGGAUCUCAAUGGAACGAUUUUUGAUUGUAUUGAUCAAGUCAAGAUAGCGUGUGUGUGUGUGCAUACGCAUGGAGAAAUGUGUGUUGAAGGGUCACGCCGGAUUGUGUGUGGUGAGUGAGGGAGAUAAGAUGUGUGUGCGCACGUUUGUAAAGAGAACAGAGGAGAGAAAGAAGUGAGACGGGAAGGAGAGGGUGGGAGGAAGAGAAAGAAAUGGGGUGAUGCUGUGUAUGUGAGUGUUUGGGGGGUGGGGGGGCUAGGCACAGUCAGUUCUGAUAACAGCAACAGUAGGAGGAGGAUGAGCCGUGGGACCGCCCCACUCUCUCCCACCCGAUAUAAAUAGGAGCUCGGAUUGUUUUACACCACUCGUUUCUCCUCAAGGAUGAGAUCCCUGAAACACCUCAAACAUCACGCCAGGAACAAUGCGGAUGAGAGCUGCCGAGCGGUGCGGAAUUACCUCAAGGUGACCGAAGGCCAAAUGGACGUGGGCACGCAGACGGAACCUGUAGUGGUUCUGUCUCUGGCCCAGGCCGCCGUUCUCGGACUCAUCUCCCAAAACGAAAUCUUCGGCGCCACAAUCGCUCCUAACGGCUUUUACACCGGAGAGCCCAAAGAGGGCCCGCCUCCGCCACCCGAAGCCAUGGAGUAUGAGUACGCAGACCAGCUUAUAGGGGCCAACGGGGACUACCUGCCUGAGCCUGCUGGGGGUCCAGCGUCUCGGCUUAGCCCCGGUGAGAGGAGACGGCCUAUCCCCUAUGGACCUAGGACCAAGAGAACCAGGAGUGACAGAGAGUUAUUGGCUUACCCGUCCAAAGUAUCAAGUCCACAAGCUCAGGUUAAAGGCGAACUGAUUGAGUGUCCAACAUCUCCCGCGUGCAUACACAUGAACAUCAGGUGUAUGGCCGCCAAGCAGGGAGAUCACGUUGCGAAUCAAAAAACCUCAUUGCCAGACCAAGCUUGCAAAAACUGUCCUUCGUGUGUGAGAGAAACUUCACUACCACAACAAGGUGGACCCCUCGGACAGAAACAAGAGGAAAGUGUUAACUCUAACAGGAAGGAAGAGGAGUCAUUGGUGGAAGAGGAACCAGAGGAGGAGGCGCUAAAUCUCAAGACCGGUGGAGAUACUGCCGAACCUCUGGACAACAAAUAUUUUCAAUCCAACGAGGCAGCAUACGAGCCUGCUGGCAUGGCACUGCCGGGGGACUACGAGGAUAACGGGCAGGCCAUGCUGUGGUCGGACCCGGAGGGCCUUGCCAGGCGCAUGCAGAUAGACCGGCUGGACAUCAAUGUCCAGAUCGACGAGUCUUACUGCGUAGAUGUGGGCGAAGGUCUAAAACGAUGGAAGUGCCGGAUGUGCGAGAAGUCGUACACGUCUAAAUACAACCUCGUCACUCAUAUCUUGGGCCAUAACGGAAUUAAGCCCCACGAAUGUAACCACUGCGGAAAACUGUUCAAGCAGCCGAGCCACCUCCAGACUCACCUACUGACCCACCAGGGGACUCGACCUCACAAGUGCACUGUUUGCGAGAAGGCCUUCACACAGACCAGCCACCUGAAGAGGCACAUGCUGCAGCAUACCGACGUCAAACCCUACAGCUGCCGUUUCUGCGGCCGCGGCUUCGCCUACCCCAGCGAGCUGAGGACCCACGAGAGCAAACACGAGAACGGUCAGUGCCACGUCUGCACCCACUGCGGCAUGGAGUUCCCGACUUAUGCACACCUGAAGCGCCACCUGAGCAGCCACCAGGGCCCCGCCACGUACCAGUGCACCGAGUGCCACAAGUCCUUCGCCUACCGCAGUCAGCUGCAGAACCACUUGAUGAAGCACCAGAACGUACGUCCCUACGUCUGCCCGGAGUGUGGCAUGGAGUUUGUCCAGAUCCAUCACUUGCGGCAACACGCCCUCACUCAUAAGGGAAUGAAAGAAUUCAAGUGUGAAGUCUGCUCCAGAGAGUUCACCUUGUCUGCCAACCUGAAGAGGCACAUGCUGAUCCAUGCCAGCGUGAGGCCCUUCCAGUGCCACGUGUGCUUCAAGACCUUCGUCCAGAAGCAGACCCUCAAGACGCACAUGAUCGUCCAUUUGCCCGUGAAGCCCUUCAAAUGCAAGGUUCGGCCAGACUCGACUUGGGAGAACGAAGGGGAGGGCGGGGUUCCUAAAAGUGCGUCCGCUCUGGUCUUUCAGGUGUGCGGCAAGUCCUUCAACCGAAUGUACAACCUCCUCGGCCACAUGCACCUCCACGCCGGCAGCAAGCCUUUCAAAUGCCCUUACUGCAGCAGCAAGUUCAACCUGAAGGGCAACCUCAGCCGACACAUGAAGGUCAAACAUGGCAUCGUGGACGGCACGACAGAGGGCCACGAGCCGCCUCAAGACACAGAAGGACCGGAAGAGUAUCAGGAGGAGAGCUUUGAGUUCAGCGAGCGAGAGAACCGGGCCAGCAACAAUAACGCCAACAACACGCCGGACAUAUCGAAACUAUCUCCCAUGGAGUAUUACAGCGCCUAUGGGAAAGGAGCAGCACGUUGCAGUGCGACAUGAGUUUGGAAAGCGAGUCACCUCAAAAUCAAUAGAAAGGAUAGAAAUUCAUUUGUUGUCCUCUCUCCACUGUUAAGGAGCUUGGCUUGUUCUUCAACAAACGUUUCGUAUGCACUGCAGUAACGAAAACUACUUUUCCCAUCUACUCACUGGCCACAAUUAGGUACGCUGCACAGUUGCGAUGGCGGAAGACUGAAGACUUGUCAAAUUUUUUAUUCCAAAGUACCGCCGUCGUGACCGACGCUACAAUGCAAUCGCAACAAGCGGGGAUGAGAAUGACCAAUUUGGAAAAACACGGAAAAUGAUCAAUUGAUCAUAUCAGAACACAGAGUUAGAGUUUCGUUCCCAUCUGCACGGUUCCACUUUUUUAAGCCAUGCUCGUCUGAAACAGUUUUUUAUCCCGUGGUUUUUAUCAAUUUCCCCGGCACGAGCUUCAUCUUUUCGUUCCAAGACUUUCGCAAACGGUGCAGACCGCGUGAUAACAUACAUACGUACGUAUGUCUAUAAGUUACAUCUAUGCCGUAGUAAACAGAACACUUCUCUAUGAAACGUGAACAUCAGAGUGAAAAUACAGACGAAAUACCACCAAAAUGCUGCCCGAAAUCGGAAUGUUGUUGUUAUUCUAAACACCAAAUUGAACGCGAACAGAUAGCAACGCCGUUUUCUGCUAUCACAGCUGUGACUAAUUUCCACGUUUCACAAAAAUGACAAUUUCAGCUGAAAAAAAAAAUCCACAAAUCCGUGGAAAAUUCUCAUCCCUGUAAAUGCAAAUGUGUUGAACUUAAAAGUUACGUGCAAUUGAUUCUUUCACCGACCACGAGAAGGAGCCACUCGUGGUAAAAACUCUAUACCACAUUUUUUAAAAUAAAUAACCGGUGUAGAACAUGCGCCGCCUCUAAUUGUUGUAUUUAAUGUUUGAGCCAAAUCAUCAUACCAGUUCUCAGUUUGAUGCAGCACAGUGGUACACGACUCAACCACAAAAAUAAAAAUACGGUAGAUAAAUACAUACCUCUAUG